CACGGUUCUUCCUUAUCAUUUCCGCUUCUCCCCUCCACUGGUUCCGAUCUCGCCCAUGGUGUGUGUCCUCAAGCGCUGAACCGGCUCCUAAAAUGUGUACUCGUGGUUUCCGCCUGGGAACCAACCUCUGUCGCCUGUGGCCCACCCUCCCCGGCCUCAGGUGGUUGCUGGGGCUGGGGCUGCUCCCGGGGCUUAAGGCCGCCCGCUGCGCGGCUUUUUAUCUUCCCGGGUUGGCUCCGGUCAACUUCUGCGAGGCAGACCGAGAGACUGCUAUCUGCAAGUCAUCAGUAGCACUAUUUGUAAAUAGACUGGACUCAGUGGACUCUGUGCUACCUUAUGAAUAUAAUACUUUUGACUUCUGUCAAGACUCUGGAAAGAAAAGCCCUUCUGAAAACCUUGGACAAGUACUGUUUGGAGAACGAAUAACAUCAUCUCCUUAUGAGUUUUCUUUUAACAAGACAGAAACCUGAAAAGUUUGUGUAAAAUCUUAUGAUACAGCAAAUGAAAAUCAAAAGAAAACAAUGGGGAUGAAGGGGGAGACUCGAUGUGGAUCAGCAGUGGGGAUGAAGGGGAAGGGAGAGAGAGGAGCAGAGGAUGCCUGCCAGGUUUCUUCUGAAUUCAACAAAAGUAAUACUUUCUACCUCUUCAACCACGUUGAUAUUACCAUUACAUAUCACGGGGAAAGUGAAACAAAUUGGGGUAUUGUAAGAUUGGUUACUGCUAGACUUGAUCCCAAAAGCUAUAAACAUUCAGAUGAAAACCACCUAACUUGUAAUGGACCCCCUAUGGAAAUUCCUGGAGAAUAUACAGAUAAGUUGAAUGUAACCUACACUUACUCUGUGAAAUUUGAAGAAAACAAACAUAUCAAGUGGGGUUCUAGAUGGGAUUAUAUUUUGGAGUCCAUGUCUCAUACCAGCAGUCAGUGGUUUAGUAUUAUGAAUUCCAUUGUUAUUGCUGUCUUCUUAUCUGGAAUGGUGGCUAUGAUCAUAUUAAGGACUCUCCAUAAAGAUAUUAUCAGAUAUAAUCAGAUGAGUUUUCCCGUAAAUGGCCAGAAGGAGUUUGGUUGGAAGCUGGUUCAUGGGGAUGUAUUCAGACCUCCAAGGAGUGGAAUGUUGCUGUCAGUUUUCCUGGGUCGAACACAAGUUUUGAUUAUGACAUUUAUUACUUUAUUUCUGGCCUGUCUUGGUUUCCUUUCCCCUGCCAAUCGAGGUGCUUUAAUGACCAGUGCUAUUCUGUUAUGGGUCCUUCUGGGAACCUCUGCUGGAUACGUAUCUGCUAAGAUGUAUAUGACAUUUAGAGGUAUUAAGUGGAAGACAAAUUUUUUGCUGACGGCACUACUGUGUCCUGGUAUCGUCUUUGCUGACCUCUUCAUCAUGAAUCUAAUUCUUUGGGUGGAAGGGUCAUCAGCCGCCAUCUCCUUUGGUACCCUGAUAGGUAUCCUCACAAUGUCGUUUGGAAUUUCAGUACCACUAACAUUUUUGGGUGCAUACAUUGGAAGCAAGAAAAAGCAGUUUAGGUAUCCAGUUCGCACAAACCAGAUUCCCCGUCGGAUUCCUCAACAGACUUUCAUUAGAAAACCACUUUUUGGCCUCAUCAUCAGUGACAUUUUACCUUUUGGCUGUAUUUUUAUUCAACUCUUUUGCAUUCUAAACAGUAUUUGGUCGCAUCAGAUGUACUUCAUGUUUGGCUUCCUUUUCUUACUCUUUAUAAUUCUCCUGAUUACUUGUUCAGAAGCUACCAUUUUGCUGUGUUAUUUUCAUUUGUGUACUGAGGAUUAUCAUUGGUGGUGGAGAGCCUUUUUUACCAGCAGUUUUACAGCUGUUUACCUUUUUUUAUAUGCAGUUUAUUACUUCUUUACCAAACUUCAAAUCACGGGCAUUGCAAACACCAUUUUGUACUUUGGGUACACGAUGAUCAUGGUCUUGAUUUUCUUCCUUUUCACAGUCUCGGAAUCGAAGGCCGAGCCCUAA